UGAUAAACUCACAUUAUAUAGUAACGCCUGCCAUGUACGACGUGGCUCUCGUGGUCGGCGCCGCCAGUAACCUUGGCUACCAGGUGCUCAAGAAACUCACUGACACUUACCAUGGGAAAAUAUACUUCACCACCGAAGACGAAACCACCGGAUACGACAUCCUCAAGAAUCUCGAGCGAGAUAACGUAGACCUGAAUUAUCUUCAAAUGGACGUGACCUAUACCAAGAGCAUUAUUAAAGUGAGACAUUAUAUCCAAGAUUCAGAUGAAAGAAUAGACUUGAUUAUCAACGCCACAGACUACGUACAUCAGAAGAGGAUAUCACACGCAGAAGUAGUGAGAAGAACGCUAAGUGUCAACUUCUAUGGAUACAUAAAUUUUGGGAAACUUGUUUAUCCACUCCUGAAUGAGAAUGCAAGAGUUAUCAAUGUUUCUGGACCCGCCGGUUUACUAGCUACAAUAGAGAGCGAGGAAAUAAGGAAUAGAAUAAGCGACCCUAAUUUAACAGAAGAUGAGUUAGUAGCAAUAUUACAAGAAUAUGAACAGGCCGCUCGAAGAGGGACAGAGAAGACUGAGGGAUGGGGUAUGAACGUGCAUUCUGUUAGCAAAGUCGCUUUGAACGCAGUUACAUUUCUACAGCACAGACAAUGGGGUAACAAUGGAAUUGUUAUCAACUGUGUUAACCCUGGUAAUCUAAGCAGUCGGGAAGGAAGAAGAACGACGAAGGUAUUUGAAGAAGGUGCCAAAGCAAUCUUGUACUUAGCCUUCGAAGCUCCGCUUACCAUUAAAGGUAAUUUCGUAUGGAGCAACUAUUCAGUAAUCGAGUGGAACUCUGAUCCCUACGUGGAAGUCACUACAGUGUGAAUUAGUGUUGAUCCCGAGUCGAGUGGUAAUAUUGUCUGUGACAUUAACACUAAUGAUUCCCGAUGGAUCGGAACACCUAUUGUAAUGGAUUCAUGAGAUUUGGUCACGGACUGUGGUUCAUGUGAGGAAUUUAAUUUAUUUGCGUUAAAUGAUGGAAACGUUGAUGGUAAUGGAAAUUAUUAUGUGUGUGUUUGGCACUCGUAUUUAGUACUUGUCUCUUAAUGAUAAGAUUUGUGGAUUUAAUCCUUAAAUUCAUAAUUGUAAUCUACAGAUAUUUGCUGCGAAUUCGGUGAAUAUGUAUGUCAUGUAAAAGUAUUAGUGUGGAAUUCGGUGUUACCUCAGUAUUUAAUUAUUACCAAGUUAUGACUAAUGAGUAGAAUUAAAUAAGUUAUUUUAAUUAUAAUGUUUCUGUAUACUGUUAUGAAAAUAUAAGUUAUAAUAUUAUUCCAUAUUCAAUCAUGUUUGUAUUUAUAUUUGCCUUCUGACCUUUUUGGUAUCAUUGAUCAGAUUUCUGUUUUCAAGUUAAUAAUUUAUAAUUAAAUGGAAAUUAUGUCGGAUGAAAUUUCUCGUAGCCUUAAAAGUGCCCCAGAGAAAAAGCCGUUGAUUUAACAUUUUAAUAAAUGUUUUUGUGUAUACAAUAAAUAAUAGUAGUAUUUA